AUGCUUCUCACGUGUACAGAGACGGAGACGCAGCCGAUCCAGAACUCAACGCCCUCCUUCUCGGACUCCGCUCAGGCCUCCACUUGGCGGCUUCCGCCAGUCGUCGUGGGCCGCAGCGCGGUCGACGGCCCGCAUUCCGGCAACCAGGAGCGUGACAGCACAGCUUACGAGAUGCGACAGCUUCGAAGAGCCGAGGAACGGAUGCCGGACUGGAAAAGCUUGUGGCUCGUGAACUACCUAGUCUUCCUGUUGGUGCUAAACGUCGAGAUUGUCGUUCCAACGGCCGACCAGUACGCACAGGCGCUCGGUGCCGGCGAGACCUUCAGCGGCCUGGUCAUUGCCCUCACACCCUUCUUCCAGGGGCUGAUCGGGAUCCCUCUGAACUACUGGAUGCUCCGAUCUGGAAUCUCCCUGAAGACCAUCCUCAUUGUGAUGAUUGCUGGCAGCAUCCUUGGGAACAUCCUCUACGCCCUCGCUGGUCUCAUGCGCUCCAAGAUUGCCAUCUUGUGUGCGCGUACGCUCAUCGGAAUCUGCCAGUGCCAGCUUGGGGGUCCCAUUUACAUUGCAAAAGCCGUGGGAGUCAAGAAGCGCACGAAGGUGCUUUUCGUUUUCUCAACCAUGGCCACGCUUGCAUUCACAGCAGCUCCACUACUUGCAGCUCUGUUGGAAACCUUCGUGAAGGAGCUGCGAAUCGAGAACUUGGUCCUCGACUCCGACACGAUUCCGGGCUGGUUCAUGGCCUUUGCCUAUUACCUUUUCCUUCUGAAAGUAGUCUUCUUCUUCGAGAACCCCCAGGACAACGUGCCGGAGAAAACAGAGACCACCACGGCACCGGAGGUGUUGGCGGAGGCGUCGGAGCCGUUGUGGACCAGCGGCUUUCUGGUGUGCAUCUUCGCAGCCUUUGCGAGCUCACUGACCAAUACGAUGGCCAUCGUCUUCUUCGUGAAGCUGGCAGAAAAGACCUGGGGAUGGAGUGUGUCGGUCACUGCGUUUGCCUUGGCCGGUUUCAUGGCCGUCGUUUCGCUGCUGUCCCUGGUCAGCAGCAGGCUUGCCAAGCUGGUAGAGGACAGGAAGGGGCUCCAGUUAACCUCUUGCGUUGGUGCUGCGUGCUCCCUGAUCACUAUUCCAUUCUCGAAGCACUGGCCGGCAGCUGCGAUCACUGUCAUGUUUGUUGGGCUAUUGCUGGUCCAGUCAUCGGCUUCCGUCGUCAAGAACUACGCCUAUGCGCUUUGCCCCAAAAUCGUGGCUCCACGCUUCAAGGAUCGAGCUGGUGCCAUCAACAUGAUCUCCUUGAUGCUUGGACGGGGAACCGGUGCACAGCUAGGUGCAAUACUGACAUCCGCCAGUUUUGCAGGUUCGCAGUUCUGCACCUACUUGUUCCUUUUCUUCCUAUCCUGGAAGUUUGCCGCGCAUCUGAAGCAGCAUGCAAAGGCAACUUAA